AUGAGUUACUAUCAGAAUCAACCCCCUGCAGAUGGUCCACCUCCUAAAGGUAAUCCGCCGGAAGCAGGAGGGUAUCCACCCCCUGGCUACCCUCCACAGGGGUACCCUCCGCCGGGAUACCCUCCACCAGGCUACCCUCCACCUGGCUACCCACCUCCGGGAUACCCUCCACAAUACGCACCUCAAUACGCUCCCCCACCACCUCCUCAACAACAACAUCAACACCAAUCCAGUAGCGGCGGUUGCAUGGAAGGCUGCUUGGCUGCUCUAUGCUGCUGCUGUCUCCUUGACGCAUGCUUCUGAUGAUGGAAAUUCUGGUUAAGUAAAUGCAAGGGAUAAAAAGUACUGAUUCUCUCCUCUCCAAUUUUUGGAUCUUUGUGAGGAUCACUAUCUUCUUAUCCGUCUUUUGUCUUAAAAAAUAAUGAGAUCUUGGCUUCGGUUUGUACAUAUAGCUAAUGGACUUUUUCAAUGAGAAUACGUUGAUUUCGGUCUACAUAUGUAAUUUCUGAUACAUUCCGGUUGGUUAUUUUAA